AUGCUUUGCAAGCGGAGCAGUACCAGGUGGGCUACCACUUAUGAUCAGAUAAGAAUCUUCAAGGAGCUUUACUACAACGAGGGAGUUAGGUCCCCAACUGUAGAGCAGGUUCAGAGGAUCUCUUUCCAGCUGAAACAGUACGGAAAGAUCAAGAGCAAGAACGUCUUUUAUUGGUUCAGGAAUCACCGGGCUCGAGAGAAACAGAAGAAGAAGAGGUUCACUUCGGAUGUUCCUGUGCCCAUGCAAAGAUCAGGGCUUGUUGCUAGUGUGAUGAUUGCUUUUAACGGGCAGAUGGGGAACUACGGUGGUUAUGGAUCUAUGAACACGGAGAUUGAAACCCUUCCUCUGUUCCCCAUGCACGGUGAGGACAUCUUCGGCAACAUGAAGACUACUUUCGAGGGAGGUGGCGGCUACAGCUACUACUCCGGUGGAUGGGGCGGCUACAACGAUGGCUCUCACAUUUCCCUUGAACUCAGCCUCAACUCUUACGGCUCGACCCUAUUUUCCAGCUAA